CGGGGCGCGCCCGCGGGGCCAUGAGGGCGGGCUCCGGCCAUGGCCCAUGGCAGCGCGGCGGUCAUGCUGAAGUGCGUGGUGGUGGGGGACGGCGCCGUGGGCAAGACGUGCCUGCUGAUGAGCUACGCCAACGACGCCUUCCCCGAGGAGUACGUGCCCACCGUGUUCGACCACUACGCAGUCAGCGUUACCGUCGGCGGCAAGCAGUACCUGCUGGGGCUCUACGACACCGCCGGCCAGGAAGACUAUGAUCGUCUGAGACCUUUAUCUUACCCUAUGACCGAUGUCUUCCUUAUCUGCUUCUCAGUGGUAAACCCUGCUUCAUUUCAAAAUGUGAAGGAAGAGUGGGUACCGGAGUUGAAGGAAUAUGCACCUAAUGUUCCCUUUUUACUAGUAGGAACACAGAUUGAUCUCCGUGAUGACCCAAAAACUCUGGCAAGACUGAAUGAUAUGAAAGAGAAGCCCGUAUCUGUGGAGCAAGGACAGAAGUUAGCAAAAGAGAUAGGAGCCUACUGUUAUGUGGAGUGUUCAGCUUUAACACAGAAAGGACUGAAGACUGUUUUUGAUGAAGCUAUUAUAGCCAUUCUAACUCCAAAGAAACACACAGUGAAGAAGAGAAUAGGCUCAAGAUGCAUAAACUGCUGUUUGAUCACGUGAGAGACAUUUGACAAUGGCCAGGCUUACUGUGAAAUUCUACUGAUUUUAAAUACAAUGCAUUAAGUACAUAGUGAAUUUGUUCCAGGUUUGAAAGUUAAACCUACGUUUCUGCCUUCUACAACCAGUGAAAUCCAGAGGAAUAAAAUCAAACUCAAUGAACUUGUAAUAAGAAGCCACCACAUCUGUUACAAAUAUUUUAUUCAGACUGGAAGGUACAAUCUCUCAGGGUUACACAGUCUAGAGGAAGCAAAAACUGCACCAUGCUGAAAUGGCAUCUAUGUGAUUUUACUGAGUGGAGAUGCUUGGCCUGAAAUACUCUAACUGAAUUUGGACAGUCUUCUGCUUUGACUAUAUAUAUAUAUAUAUAUAUAUCUUAAAAACCCCCAACUUUUGCACAGCCUGUAUGGAAUCUGCACAAAGAAAUACCUUGUCUCUUUUUGCUCCAGUUAUCUGCUUUUGUAUGUAAGCUGCUUCCGGUUCCAGUGUAUCCACAGAGGUGCAAUAAUCAGACCAGCCAUAUAGCCAAAGGUAGCUCCGAGGGAACAAGAAAUGGGCCAUACCUGAGGGGAGAACACAAGGCAAAAGCAGACCAUGAGGAAAAGGUCUGUGGUUUUUGUACUUCAUGAGCACAAAGUGUAGGUACUGAAAGACAGUAGUCUUAUUCUACUUUAAAGCUUGAUGUGCUUUCCUAAAAAUGCCAAAAGCAUAACAAUCAUCUUCAUGAACACUAAAUGCUGUUGUACAGUUUUUAAUUAAUAUGCAUUAAAAUGUAAGCAGGCUUCUGGCUAUUGCAGACUUUAGUUUGAUAGUCCAAAAGCUAUGUGGAAAAAACCACCCCUUAGAAGUAUUUAUAUCCCCAGAAGCAUUCAGCUGACCUGACUUCCUACUCUGCUGUACACAUUUGGGUACCUACGGAUUUCUCAGCAACCUCUCCUUUCAAUCUCUCAUGGUGUUUUGAAACUUUCAGGUGUGUAUAAAGGAAUUAGUAUUAAAAUAAGGCCAGAGACUGAGAUAGAUAGAGGUUUGUUGGCUUUUUUUCUUGAAAAGUAUAUGAAAGGACAAAUUUCCCUCUGGCUAGCAGUAGGGAGGGAACACAAAUUUGGAAGCUGACUGAACAUCUUGCACCUAGAUCAUCAAACUUGUAGUAAGCCAGUUAUGUCAAAGAGAGCUUUAAUUAUAUGCUCUAUUUUCAACUAUAAGAAAAGGAAGCCAACUCAGUAGAUCUGACUCACUUUACCAAACCAUCUAUUACCCAGAGUAGUAAUAGAAUUCUUCCCUGCUCUUUUUUUUUUAAUAAUUGGUAUUGAUUUGCAGGGAGCAAUGGCCAAACCAAGACUUAACCAGUUUGUCAUCAGAUGUAGCUUAUAGUACCAGUCCACUACAUACUGCAUUUGAUGAAAGUCUCAAUUAGGGCAGUAAUGAAUUUAUUUAUUUUCGAAUAAACAGAAUUCCCAGGCCUCUUUAAAAUUCUCCUUUGCUUUUCUUUUUUUUUUUGCAAGGACAGGUUUGUAGUUCCUGCUCUACAGAGCAUAUUCCUAAAGCAAGUAUGGACUGGACUCUCCUAUUCUUUUGUUUUUUAAAUUAAGGGGGAUAUUUCUCCCCUCCCCAUAGUACUUGAGACUGAGAAAUGCACUAGACAAUACAAGAAACAUCCCUAUCUCCAGCCUUCUUUUCUACUUCACUUUGACUUGCAAUUCAUGAAUAUCAAAUGAACUUACUCUUAAUGGUACUGGUUCCUCCUUUCAUUCAUUUUCCUAGCUCUGAUUCUUCUCUUUACUUCAUUAUCACUUAAAAGAAUAUAUUUAUUCACAUCCUUUGAUCAUGGGAAUUUUAACUACAAAAAAGAAUAAUGUAUUUUGUCCUCUGCUCUUUCAUCUUCAAUCUCCUCAGUUGUUUCAUCUUCACAUUCCUUAGCAUUUACAGCUUUUAUUUGUUAUUUGGAGGUCUUAAGGAGUGUAGCAAAGAUGAUUACUAAACAAGGUGCCUUAGGUACUCUUUAUUGACCUUGUUUCAUUCUUUCAUACAUUCUGUCUCUGCUGCUUUUGUUGCUGAGUAUUUCAGCAGUUGCCUCUCAAGCCAAAGAUUUGCUUGUUUUCAUUCAUUUACUGUGUAUAGUAGAUCAUCUAUAAAAAGCCUUGAGAGGCUUUGGCAUGGUAAGUACUACAUGCAUUUGAAACUCACAUAAGUUUGUGGCCUUGGCUAAACUUACACUUCAGGUGGAUCUUUUCAACUUUUAAACAAAAUGUAAUUAUUUCUAGCAUUUUGCAUAUUACACUUGUCUAAAGGACAAAACAAUAAAAAAGUCUCUGAAACCCUUCUGCUCACUCAGUACUGUUCAGAUGGAACACAAGUCAUACUUUUUUAUCCACUGAUGAAGUCAAAUACCACUCCAAUAUCCACAAAACUAUGGACAAAGGCUUCUUAACUCGGUGGUGCUUUUACAUCAGAUUUGCUGAGUGAUCAAUGAUCAAUCCUUCAUCAAAUUUUUACCUACAUUAGGUGAAUUUGUAGUUGCCUAUUUGCUUUCCAAAACUAUAAGUAGAUGAUGGACUCUGAAUUGAUCAUAUUCCCCUAACUAGAGAGCAAAUAUCCCUGAUGACCCAAUGACCCUGUAUAUUGUGCUAUUUUGUGUAUAGUGGGUGAUUAUUGGUAUGAUUAAAUACAUAUCUGAUGAUUGUUGUAGCCUCUUUCACCUGACUGAACUGCAACUUGGGACGUGUUUUUUCAAUAGCUGUGUAACUUUUAAUACCAAUUAUGCCUCUGUCUGUCUUCUAAAACAUUCAAUUUUUGCUUUGGUUUUUAAAAGUCAGUGUUACCUUACAAAGUUUCAAGCUCUCUCUCUUAACAGUUGAAUCUCUGACCUCGGAACACUCACAAAUGGCAGGUGGAAAAGAUAGGGAACAAAGGGAAGAAAACAUAAAACAUGCCAUCUCCCCAUCCAUGAAUAAGACAGAAAGAGACACCACCUCAUCCCUUCUAGUGGCAUGGAACAGAGGGGUACUAGGCCAGGCACUUAUUCUUACAGUGCUGCUUGGACAGCCCAAAGUAGUUCUGAGGGCAGUUUGGUCUUUUGAAAACUCCCUCAGCACAGCAGUUAAAAGCCUGGACUUAAGAGUGUUGCUGUCCUUCUGCCAUUUUCUCUAACCCUCAAGACCUGGCAAAACCCCCUAACAAACAGGUAAUAAUAAUAAAGAUACCACCUCUGCACCUUUUGUUCUUGACUGAUGGCUUUUAGGCUACAUAUAGCCUGAGGCACCCAUGGGUAUAUCUAAAGCAGCAAGUUAUCAAAGACAGAUUAAGAUAUGGUUCUUAAGCACAGCAGCUGCACUAAAAUAACACCACUUUCACAUGAUUUUGGCUGUCUACAAAAAUGGGUUGUUUCUUUCUGUGGAAGUGGGUUGCUUUAUUUUGUAUUAGCUGCUGGCCUCGUUUUUCUGAGACCCAAUCACUUUCUUCUGGACCUCUUUAAAUGACUUUGACUUACUCAAUUGGCCUGCUUUUGCCCCCUCUUUCAUAUUAUCUCAAACUCGUCCUAAAGUCCUUGACUUGGUAUGAACUGCCUGUAAGUGAUAAAAAUCUAAGCAGCAAAUAUCUGUCUGCCUGUUCCAAGAGAUUCCAUUCUGCUCGCUUAAAAUAUGAGACUUGUAAUACACCCCUCUCAUCCCCUGAGAACUUUCCAGCUCAGUUCCUCCUCCUCCCUUCUGCCUUGAGGAAGCUGACAUAUCCUGCCCCAGUACUGAUGUCAUGUCUGGGCUGGGUCAGCAGCAGGGGAAUAAGAUGUUAGGCCACAUGGCCUAGCAAGAGUGCAGGAGAUAGAAUAGAACAUUUUUCAUGAAACUGUCAUGAAAUGCCUUAUCUGUCUCAGCAGCUGGGAAGCAUCAGCUACCAUUCUCACAGCCUAACACAAGAAGAAUCAGUUUUUUACAUAUCAAAUGCAUGGCGAAAAGGGCAAUUUUAACAACCUGUAGAUUAUUACUAGGAACCUGAACAGCAGCUUGGCAAAAACAAAUCUUACCAAGAACAAAAAAUGUAUUUUAAUGGACAGAGCAUGAGGCAGUGUUAAAUGCAAAGCAAUUCUGACUUCUGCUAUUCGUUUAAAUUCUCUUUUUGCCUUUUCAUCAGGCAGCAGUGUUAGGACUUCACAGGAAUUUCUUCAAGCUAGCUUAAUAGACCUGCAGAACUGCAAGGUUUUUAGUGUAUAUUAGAACUCAUUUUAAGAAUAAUGACCCAAAAUAGGAAUUGCCAACCUUUCAGGACAUAAAUGAGCUAGUUUUCCUCAGCACUCUUUAGAACAGCUAAGAUUCUAUGAUGUGAGAAUGCUUAGCAUACUGCAUGGAAAGCAGAGCAUGUUGCAGGAUCCCAGCAAGGUACCCAGCUCUGCUGGACUGUGCAUGCCGCUGGCUAAACCAGAAUUCUGACUGCAUGACAGUUUUGUCAUCCAUUACGAGUCUUGCAUCCCAUGCAAGGGAAUUACAUAGACAUUGAUAAGGACACAAGGGCCAGAUGCUUAUAGACCAGAGAAGCAACACAAAGUUUUUAAAGAUAUUAUGAAGUAAGCAGCUGCCUGCUGGAACUUUGGUUAUACAAAUGCAAAUACAGUGGGGCAAUCUACUGUACUUACUUUUCAGUAAACUUAAGAGUGUUUUUCUCAUAUUCCUAAACACAAUUUUUUGUAUGCUUACUGUUUCAAAAAACUAAUUUCUGACUGUCAAUUAGAAGGCUAUGUAAUAAUUUUUGUUUCAUUUUAAAACUGAAUAAAUGAGCACAAUUAUUUUCCCUUCCUGUUUCUAACAUGCCUUAAAUUCCUGAUUGUUUAGUCUGUACUGUCUGAAAAACUUCAGUACAUGCCUUUAAUCUAUUUUGGUUGCAUGCACAUGUUAACUACAAGUGUCUUAUCACAUUGUACAGAAUGUGUGUGUUGACAAGCACACACCAAGAAGAAAGUGUGAGGCUUUUUUCAGGCUGGCAUUUGUAACUAGAAGUUGAUUUCAUGGAUUUGUGUUCUAAAGUUAUAGCAAGCAUAACAGCCUUUGAUCUCACCAUUAAGGUUUACAUUGAGAAAACACAUUAUUAAAUAAACAAUGAUAACCACACUAAAGUGGAACAAGCUUCUCCCUCUGUUUAAAACAACUCCAAUUGUGUAUUAUCCCUUGUUCUCAUAUUAAGCAACUUCUCUUAUAAAAAAACUUUCAUAGUAGGAAGUAAAUGCAAAAAGGAAUACAAGAAGGAAACACUGUGAGCCGUGUUAAGAAGAACCAAAGUAGAGUGAAAGUUUAAAGUCCCAUUUCAGCUUACUUGAGUAAGCACCAAGAACUGUACCCAAGAUUCUCAGGAUUAUUUUUCAGGGUACAAAUGUCUGAGAGCUAUCUAAGGCUAAUAUUUACAGUCAUAUUGGCUAAAUUACAUGGCAGUCAGUCAGCUCAGGUGAGCUAUAUCAGCACUACCUAUUAUGCUUGCAGUAUCCACUAUGAAGUAGGAAUAUAGCAAUUUUACUUCUACUUAAUGAUAACACUGUAAGCAGAAUAUUGUUUCAAAGUCACUUUUUACCACUAGUAACAGGUACUACAGAUCAAAAUUAUGCUACCAAACAACCCUGGAUGUAUUGGAGGGCACGCACAGAACAAACACAUUAUUUAAAAGUCUGCUAUCAAAACAUGCAAUAAACCCAGCAAUUUCCCCAGUGAGCUAAAUGCAGUUGUCAGUGGCAAAUGCUGUACCUGAAAUAAUAGUUCCACCACAUAUAAAGUGUGCUGAUAAAGUUGUGGUCUUUAACUCUACCACGUUGUUCUGCAACUAGUUUCCUCAAGCUGAGUAGAGAAAGCAUGUGCCUAGUAACUCCUACAUCAUCCCCUCCUGUUUCAGUGGUGGUGUGUUUUGAGGUUCCACUUCUCAGUGACACAUGAAGCCAAUAUCCUGAUCACAUGUGGUUAUUAAAAGCACUCCAUCAACGUGAAACAGGCAAUCUGGAAAAACUAAACAACUGUAAGAACAGAAGUUAUUUUCUAUUUCUUUGUAGAACUGUCCUGGCUAACUGUAACCCUUACAUACCCAUUGCGCUUCAGCAGCCUAGAGGCAUCUUGAGAUGGAUGUACAACUCUAAAUUGUCUAGAACAGCCUUACUUAAAUCAUCACAAUUAAGUAUUGCAAACUGCUUUAAAAAUUGCUGAAAAAUAGGAUAACAAUCUCAAAACACUGGCAAAAUUAGUCUACCAGUCUAACUGAAACAUGCCUGGCAGAACAAGUCCUGGAAAGUUUUUUGUUUUGUUCUUAAUACAGAAAUGUAACUACUGUAGUGCCUAAACUGCAUUUCUGUAAGGCAUUUAUCUUUACCUUUGUCUGAGAUAAGCUGAAUUCUAGACCUACAAGCAAGAAUAACAACAGACUAGGCAUCCCUGACCAGCUGUUUUGCAUAGUUACAAAAUUUUUCUUAAAGCUAGCAGAGGAGUAACAUAUAUGGCAUGCUUAAAAGAUGCUUUAAAAACAACAGAAUAAUGAAAAAAACCCAAAUCAUAGGACACUCAAACUGACUUUCAACAAUAUAUUUUAUAGUUCUAACAGAAAUGCUUUAUAUUUUUUUCAUCUCCAUUCUCAAAGAUUAUUCAGAAAAUUAAUGUUAGUUUAUUUCUGAAACAAUAUUCUGUUCCUGUUAAGUAAUAAUUACUUAGCAUAGAAGUUGUUGUAUGCUUAAAAAAUGCAAUUAACAUUAUUAUUUUUAAGGGUAGAGAGGCACAUUAAUCUGAAUAUCCCCUGUAUGCAAUAUUUUUCAAACAUAAACAUGGAAAAUAAAGUGAAGAUUUUCUGAGA